AUGGCAGUAUCGGUCAUUGUUCUUCAUACAAUCGUAAGAGCCGGCUUAAUGACGACUGAUAAAAGCGCAAAACAUAUGUGUACGGCAAUGCUAGCUGUAACUGCAGCAGCUGUUAUCGCAACCUUCGCUUAUUGCUAUUAUAAGGGAGGCAAGUGGCCAUUCGAGAAAGUCUCUCGCAGUGCACCUGAUCAUAACUGA